AUGAACGAGUCGGUGCACAAGACCGAACACGUAGAGGAUCAGAUUUCUGAUCCGGCUAGCAUCUCUGACAAGCUGACGGGCGAGGACUCCGGGAAAGAGGAGAAGGACGCGGAAGCAGAACCCGAGUGGAAUUGGUUUGAUAUUCCUUUCAGGCAACCCAUAUACUCAUGCGAUACGGGUCCGCGAUUCCCGCAAGAGCUGUUCGAGCGCAUCUGCGAAUUCCUCUGGGACGAACCGGUCCAGCUAGCGGUCAGCUGCACGCGCAUUUGCCCUGCUUGGUAUCAUGCUGCACGGCGACUUCUGCCUCUGCCAGAGUGGAAGAUCACCUGUCGAACCCGAGAGGCCCUGCAAGACCAUGCGCAUACACUCAUCUCCCGUCGUAAUGCGCCAUAUCGCAAACGAUUCAAGUCAUUGUGGAUCUACGACAAUGCCAGCAAGCCGUUCGCGCACGUUUGGCCUAUGUUCAUUCCUGGAUCGAUGCUACCGGAGCUGUGGUCCGUGCAUCUUGUUAACCUUGACUGGUCAACCAAGAUGCCGCACGAUAGCUUCUUCAUCCACCUGUCUUCUUACACCAGUGUCUUGAACCUACAGAUGUACCACUGCAGGUUUCGCAGUUUGCCGGAUCUUCGCAGGGUGAUCAAUGCCCUUCCCAACCUUAUGUCGCUGGAGCUCUACAAAGUAACGUUACAGCACCCUCUCAGACCAGGAUUGGUUCCCGACUACAUUGCUCUCCGAGCCCGUUCACAUAAGCUCGAGUCUGUUGACCUCUACGGUUCCAACCCCAGGCAAGAGUAUCCUGACGUGUCCUCGGACUACCAAGGACCAACGGCCCAAGCUCUGCUGCAUAUGGUAGCCGCAAACUCAUCCACUGUCACCCGCCUCACCCUUGACCUGCGAUUCUUUGCUUCGCUUUCAGCCCUUUGGCAUUAUCUAGCGCAUUUUCGCCGCCUGGCCUCGUUCGAAGCGUGGUAUCAAUUUGCCUCGAGCCCUAGUAUGAUCACAUUUGAGGAGACAAUUCCUGCGCACACGGAGGACACACCUAUACACUCAUGGUCAAAGUUUACCCUUACGGAGGUCCCCGAUCGAUCCGCGCUGCAGCUUCUGCAGCUGCUUGUUACCCCGAAAUCGUGCAGCGAACUGGAGGAAUUUCAAAUUCAUCUUACAGACCGGCCAUCUGCCACACUUGUAUCAUGUACUAGCCGUGUGCUCCAUACAUCCGGACAUCGGCUCAGCGGUCUCAUGUGGAGAUGUUCGGCGGACCUAGAUCUCGAGGUCACUCCGUCACUCGCAGGGAAUACGUCUCUGCAAAGGUUAGACAUACGCCUUCAGGACGUUGCCCCAUCGCCACAGAAGAUACACAGUGCUCUCACCGCCGUCCUAUCAGACAUCGUCAGCGUGGACCUGCAGCACGUGUAUAUUCGGUUCACUCUAGCUUGCCUCGAGGUGCUUCCCCAGGAUCAUGGACGGACACCCGCGGUACUAGAUCCUGCCGAGUCCAUCUCUGCCUUUCACGCCAUUCUCUCGCGCGAGAUAUUCAAUGGGCUUCCGCUGCGCACUGCCGACAAGGGCGUAUGGGUCGUUUUCGAUGUCGGGGACAUACACGGCAAUCUUGCCGUGGUAGCCACUAUCAAAGCCUACAUGAUCACUCUCUUUACGCCGUGGUUGGAUCGCGGAAUAGUGGAGUUGCGGUUCAAUUGGAUGGACAGUGUGGAGACUAUUACUUGUGCUCCCACGUCUAAGUAUGCUCAGUGGUAA